AUGGAUCACCGGAAGCGACGCAAGGCAUGGGACCGAAGUUUCAGCAUCAAAGCCCUUGCGACUUACGAGCCACGUGUUAAGGACAAGGUAGACCAGUUUGCUUCUUAUAUUCAAAGCAACCUGGGUCAAUCUAUCGAUGCUAGUGUCUGGUCAAUGUUUCUCAGUUUUGACAUCAUGGGAAAUGUUGGGUUCGGAAAAGAGUUUAACAACCUGGCUACAGGGAUCGAGCAUCCGGCGAUCAAAGGCGUUCAUGACCAUAUGGCUAUUCUCGGAACAAUGGGCCAUGUUCCUUGGCUUUUGAACCUUGCCAGCCGUAUCCCAGGGGCAGCGUCUGGAUAUUCCAGUUUCUUUCGGUGGUGUGGAGAUGAAAUUGAGCGAAAGCAAAAGGACUGGGAUAUGGAUAGGAGCCCACAGGAUAUUGUCUCGUGGCUAUUGAAAGCCUAUGUCGACAAGGAUAUAUCUGCGGCUCCAACCGAGGCUGCUCUUCAUGAGGAUUCACGAGUGGUUAUAGUGGCUGGCAGUGAGACUACAGCUACUACUUUAGCAUCUACACUCUACUAUCUGGCCAAGAAUCCCGCAAUACUAUCGAAGCUGCAACGCCAUCUAGAUGAAGCCAUGCCAGGAAGGUCAAAAGAUUGGUCAUAUGAGAAGGUCAAGUCUGUCGCUUACCUCGACGAUAUCAUCCACGAAACACUUCGCCUGCGACCUGCGAUAAUGACGGGUGGAUACCGCGUUACUCCAGCCGAGGGAAUACAGGUCGAUGAGGUGUACAUUCCCGGGGAUGUCAAUGUUUUCGUUCCAGUGCAAUUGAUCCAAACAGAUGAAAGGUACUACACCGAUGCCAAACAAUUUGUACCAGAGCGAUGGAACGAGAAGAGAGAAAUGUGCUCUGAAAAUGCCCCCUUCUUUCCAUUUGUACUUGGACCCUAUACUUGUCCCGGGAAGAAUUUGGCUAUGAUGAGUCUUCGCAUUUCGCUUUCCACUUUGGCACAGUCGUUCCACGUCCAGUUCGGUCCGAAUGAGAAUGGAGAGGCAUUUGAAACUGAGACUCGGGAUACUUUUACCACCACGCUUGCUCCAUUACAAAUCCAAUUCCAGCCGCGCUAA